AUGGGCAGGGUGCCGAGAGGAGCUGGGUUCAGCGAGCAGCAGGCAGCAUCCGCUCGAACGACUGCCAGGUUCUUCGAGAAGGAGCGGAUGUACCGUGGAGUGACGUUCGACAUGCAGCGCAUGCAGCAGAAGCAACGAGAAGGCGUGACGUACCCCGACAAGCCGCCGGGCAAGCAGUGA